UGCUGUUAUAGGAGGACUAUUGUGGGCGAUUUUCAUUUUGGCCACUUGUGUUCUCGAAUUCGCGCUCUGUUUUUGCAUUCUAUCUCAAUGGGUUGAAAGUGAAACACUUAUAUUUUUGAAACAUGAAAACAAUGGUGCAUGGAUCAAGUUUAUAGCGUAAAGUUGUUCUUCAUUUUCCAACGUCACAUCUUGUUAAUUAGUGAGCAAACAUUCUUUGUGGAUUUGUGUACGAAAUCGAUAAGACGUUGAGUGAGUAAUUAGGUUAUAUACUCUCGAACUAGAGUCUAUUGGAAGUUGGUGCAUCUGAUAGUCGAAGUGUAGUGAAUCGGAAAGUGAACGAAAAUACAAGAUGGCUAAAACUCGAAAAAAAUCGAAGGAUACUAGUGCAAAAAAGAGACGCAGUGGAUCUCUCUCUGCCGAUGAUACAUUGAAAAAGGUGAGCUGUGGAAAAGUUGGGGGAAAAGCCAAGCGAGCUAUGAAAAAAAGCGAUGUAAAAGCUAUCAAGGUCUCCAACGUUAGAAGAAGUUUAAAAGAAAUUGUUAAUAAUUCCCAGUUGGUGAAAAAAACUACUCCAGAAAGUAUAAAAAGCAAAACAAAAGUAGUAAAUAAUGAUUCAGGAAUGACUACAAGAUCUAAAGAAAAUAAUUCUAAAAUUAUGCUGAGAUCAAAGACCAAUAAUAACAUAAAAGAAAAUUUGCAAACCAGGCCUGAAAUCAUUAAAAAUAAACUGAAAAUUAAGAUUAAGCCCCAAAAGAAAAAAGUGAGAUUUUUACCAACUCCCAAGGAGAAUAAAAUAAUUAAAAAUACUCUUAAAAAAGAGCCAAAUGUGAAGGCAAAGAAAUCUCAAACUAAGAAGAAAUCUAAAAAGUUGAAUACUAAGCUUGAAUCUAAAGGGGAUAAUUAUACUGAAAAGGAAAAUGAAAUUGAUUGUGACUCUAAAGAAAGUCAUAUUACUCAAACAGAUACAGAUAAUACUUGUCAAUCAGAAGAUAGUGAUACCAAUGAAAAGGAGUCGGAAAUCGCUUGUGACUCUAAAGAUACAGAAAAUUAUUCUGUAGACGAUUGUAUACAAAAAAAUACAGAAAGUAAACUUUGUUUUAUAGGUAAUAAUUCUUUACAAGAGAAAUGUCAAAUUGUGCCCAAUUCAGACAAAAAAAAUGCAGUUGAUGCCAAACUUGAAAGUAUACCCAAUUUUGAAAUAGAUAAGGAAAAUAAUUGUAGUUCUGAGCAAAACUGUGAAAAUAUUACAAAUGAAUCUGUUUACAGCGAUGAUUUAUUUACAGAAAACUUACACAAUAUGUCUGAUUCAGAAAAAAAUGAUCUUAGGAAUAAAGAGCUCAGAAAUGAUCAUAAUUCCAAGCAACGAUGUGAAAAUAUGACAGAUGAACCUCAUUAUAGUAAUAUUUCAUUAAGUGAAAACUUAUAUCAUCUGUCUGAUACAGAAGAAAAUAAUAUUGGGAGAAAAGAACUGAAAAAUAAUGAUAAAUUAGAGCGAAACUAUGAAAAUAUGACAGAUAAACUGUUCCCAAGUGAUCAUUCUGUAAAAGAAAAUUUGCCCCAUACCUCUGAUUCAAUGAAAAAUGUUGCCAGGAACAAUAAAAAUAAUAUAAAUAAUCAUAGGUCUGAGCAAGAAUGUAAAAAUUUAACAGAUACACCUUUUCAAGAUGAUAACUUUGACAAAAAAAGCCCCUUACUAAAGUCUAAUUUAAAUAAACAAGGGGCUAUAAAAAGAAGUAUGAGAAUUCGUUCAAAGAAAAAUAAAAAUAAUUCUCAAAAGGUGGGACUUGAUGAUCAUGAAUUGGAGACCUCAAUAGCAUCAAUAAAAAGGAAAACCGUCAAAAAAUUUCCUGAAAAUGUGGUGGAAGCUGAAGAACCAAGAAGAAGCAAAAGAAAAGCUGUCACCAAAAACUAUGAACAUUUUUUCAAUCGUAAAAAGCCAAAACUCAAUAGUGAAGCUGUUUGUAAUGUUACUGAAAAACAUGAAAAAAUAAAUUCAAUUAAUGAUGAAUCUUUUCAAAUAUAUGACAUGCCUUAUAUGGAGGAAUCUACUGAUAAACAAAACAAAAAUGAUAAUCUUAUUAACAAUGGAUCGUCUCAAAUACAUGAAAUGCCUAAUGAGAAAUCUACUGACGAACUUGAAAAUUUUAAAAUCGAUUUACAAAAUUCCUUAAUAGAAAGGAUUGCAUCACCAUUCUCACAAUUGGAAAUAAAUGAGAAUAAUGAAUUAACUUGUACAAGUUGCCAUCAAAAGUUAGAUGAAAACUUGAAAUUUUAUUCCGGUGAACCAUUGAAUGGUUUCAAUGAAGAAGUAGCCAUAACAGACUCAAAAUUAUGUAUUUUCAAUGGGAACGAAGAUAAUGUGGCAACAGAAGACAUCAGAGCUUGUAAUCGAAUAACACAUUUUAGCAUAUUUUGUGAAAAAGAACACUUAUGUUCAUUAGAUGCAGGAUUAAUAGAAAAUGAUGUGAUAAUUAAAUUCUCUGGUUAUUUAAAAUCAAUAAAAGAUGAAGAUCAAUCUAUCCAAGAUAGUGUUCCUGCUAGAAAUCUUGGACCUAUUCUUGAAUGGUGGUCCACAGGAUUUGAUAAGGGUGAAGAACCUCGCAUAUGUCUUAGCACUGAUUUAGGGGAAUAUUAUUUAAUGCAACCUAGCAAAGAAUAUGCACCUUUUUUGUACUCAGUGAUGUUAAAAAUUUUUAUAUCAAAGAUUAUUAUAGAGUAUCUUAUUUAUGAACCAAAUUCUAAUUAUGAAGAUUUAUUAGAUAAAAUUCGAACCUCAACACUUAAUUAUGGUGGUAAUGAUCUGAAGCUUAGUGAAGAAACAUUGUUCCAAUAUUCUACUUUUAUCUGUGAACAAGUGAUAUCUUUUGAUGACCUUGCUGAGCCAGACGAAUCUCUACUCAUCAUUGCACCAUGUUUAAGAAGACUAAUUGAUCUUUCUGGAAUUGCCAUAACAUCAGCAAAUCAGAAAUGCAAUCAAAUCAAUAAUGAGAAACAAUACAAUUUGAAAAAAAGUUUCCAUGGAAAAUCAGCUACAAAAAAUUUUAAUUUUAUUAAACGAUUGUUACCAGAAUUUAAUGAACAAGAAUUCAUUAAUUUAAAGACUAAACAAAUAAAUAGAUGUGAUAACUGUUCAAGAUGUGCUCGAGAAGUAUGUAGUAGUUGUAAAGCUUGUGUGUCUCAGAAUAAAGACAAUUGCUUUUACAGAAGAUGCUUUUACAGUGAAAUUAAGCAUGCAAAUGAUCAAGAUUUAGAAGAUAAAAAUUUUCUCAAAGUAUUCCAUGCAAACAAUACUGAAGUAUACCACAAAAAAAUAGGCGAUUUUAGACCCUAUAAUUCUAAUAUAAAAUUUAUAGGAGAUGCAAUCGCUUCAGAAUCUGAUAGAACAUUUUAUUCCGCAGUAGCUAUUAAUAAUCUUGAAAUAUCGACUGGAGAUUUUGUAUUAGUUUCACCUUCAAAUUGUGAGAUGGCAGAUCAAGUAAUGUACAUAAUAUCUAUGUGGGCUGACAAAACAGGGUCAGAAAAAUUUCACGCUUACUUCUUUUGGCAUACCAAAGAUACCAUACUCAAUGAAAUUGGAGAUGAAAAUGAGAUAGUUUACAUUAAUAAAUGUAUCACAUUACCAAUUUCUGUUAUAAAGAAUAAAGCGAAUGUUUCUGUUAGGGAUUCAUCUUGUAAUACCGAUAAACUUGCAAGAUCUGUUCAAUAUUAUACUUAUCAAGCUUAUGAUCCGGAAACAGGUUGGUUUUCCAAUCUAUCUUCUACGAAAUUUAACGAAGAAGGCAAAUUAGUGAAUCAGUUUUGCAAAAACUGUGAAAGUAAUGAGGAUCCACGUCCGAUGAAUGUUAUUUCUAAAGAAAGCUCUAAAAUUAGCUAUAAUUCAAUUCAUCACAAGAAUGAAAUUUACGAAAUUGGAAGUUGCGUUUAUUUGAAACCGCGAACUUUGUAUUUUAAAUAUCCAAUGCUUAAUAUCGGUCCAAAAAUUAUAUUAAUCAAUUAUGAUUUAUCAAAAUAUCCAGAAUCUUCUAGAAUUUCUAGUGAAAAAAAUUAUAUUGAUGAAUUUCAAUGUACCUUUGAUAUUGGUAUAAUCCGAGAAAUAUUGAAUGUCAAAGGCAAAUUAUGGGUAAAAAUUCGUAAAUUUUAUCGUCCUCAAAAUGUUAUUAAAGGAGAAAAGAUAACUUCAAAAGUUUCCAAUAAUACUUUAUUUUGGAGCAAUGAAGAUCAAGUUGUGCCAUUUGAGCAUGUCAUUGGUAAAUGUUAUGUUGAACAUACAACAAAACUUGCUUGUUCACACACCUGGUCAUCUAUGGGUCGUGACCGUUUCAUUUUCAAUCAGCAAUAUUUAAAUGAAAAAAUUACAGAUAUUAUUAGUAACGAUUGUGAAUCAAUCUUAUCGAACAUUAAUAAUUCAAAAAAUUAUCCUACAUGUAACAAACUGCGCACUUUGAACAUUUAUGCGGGUUGUGGAGGCAUGGCUCUAGGAUUAUGUCAAGCUAAUGUAUCAGAACUUUGUUGGGCAGUUGAGGCGGAUCCAGAAGCUAUAAAAGUUUUAAAAUUAAACAAUCCAUCUACUGUUAGUUUUUGCGAAGAAAGCGAUAACUUUUUAAAAAGAAUUAUUGCGGGAGAUACAAAAUUAGGUGAAGAAUCAAUACCUCAAAAAGAAGAAGUUGAAUUAUUAUGUGGAUCUUUGCCUUGGAAAAAUAUUGAAUCAGUCGACCAAAUAAAUUAUUUUCAAAACUCAUCUUUGACAACUUUUGUAUCAAUCUGUGAACAUUAUGAACCAUUAUACUUCAUAAUAGAAACAGACGAAAGGCUCAUGAAGAGAGAAAUACUGUUUAAAUUGCUACUAGCCACUUUUAAAAAAUUAGGAUAUCAAUUGUCAUUUGGCCUUUUGCAAGCAGGUUGUUACGGUAUUCCACAGGAUAGUAAAAGGACUAUCAUUCUUGGUACUCGUUCAUUGAAAUCAUUGCCAAAACUCCCAAAACCUUCGACUGUAUUUUUGAAGACAAGUCUCGUGCCAAAGAUCAUAAUCGAUGGUAUCCAGUACACAAAUACUUGCCAUUCAGAUUCAGCGCCGCUUCGCGCCGUUACAGUUGAGGAUGCUAUAUCUGAUUUAUCGAGUAUUAAAGUUCAAAAUAGAAAAAAUUCCGAAUACAUGUGUGAGUCAAAAUCAUCGUAUCAAAAGAUGAUGAGACAAAAUAUGAAGGAUCCUAUUAUUUAUGAUCACGAGUGCAACGAACUAGAACCAAUCGUAGAUGCACGCAUAUCGCAUGUACCUAAAUCAAGUGGCGCAGAUUGGCGUAAUUUACCGAAUAUCGAAGUAAAAUUGAAAGAUGGUACAAGGACUAGUAAAUUAAAUUAUAACUAUGAAAGUAACAGUCCUGUACUUGAGUGCGAUGGCUGUUUGCAAAAUGAUUUAAAAAAGAAAUGUGAGCCUGCCAAAGAGUUAACGCUCAUACCUUGGUGUUUAGCACAUUCUGCUAAAAGUCGCGAUGACCACUGGAAAGGAUUAUACGGUCGUUUGGAUUGGCGGGGAUUUUUUCCGGGUGGAAUAACAAACCCAGAACCACUACAGGGUCCGUUUAUUCAUCCAGAUCACCCACGUUUGAUAAGUGUACGCGAGUUAGCACGAGCUCGAGGUUUUCCCGAUGAUUAUCAAUUUGGUAACGAUACCCUUAGAAAAUAUCACAUGAUUGGUUCAGACUGCUCGCCGUUACUAGCAAAGGCAGUUGGCUAUGAAAUAGCUAUUACCUUAUCAUCUUAUUUUCUUUCAAUUUUUACUUAAAAUUUUACCAUCAUGAGCCAUAGCGCAUGGUUAUUUUUAAAAAUGUAACAUUGUCACAAUGUUUGUUUGAUCAAAUUUUAUUAUCUAA